AUGACCGGGGAGGUGAUCAGCCUCCUUUCGAGCUCCUCCCCCGAGCCAGCCCUCCCACCUGCACCAGCCGCCGCCCCCCACCCCGCCAAAUCAUGCUCUCCUCCGCCCAAGCAGCCGUCCGGCCUCCUCGACCUCACCAGCAGCUCGCCCGUCUCUGGCCCGAACCGCGAUAGGCCUUCAGGGUCCCAGCAGCUUCCGCAUCCGAAGCGCCGCAGCAGCGCCGUCCAGCUGGACCUCCACUUUCUUUCCGACGACUUCGACACGACGGGCGACCUGGGGCACAGCAGCCAGAUUAGGCAAGAUGCGGGACAGAACAAGCGGCUACGUCUGUCGCCGCCUGACGCUGCAAAGAGGGGGUUUCACAGAUCACAGUCCGCGGCCGACGCGACGGAGAGGUCGUCUGCUCGGCAGGGGCCCGCUGUGCGGCGCACACAGGCGCUGUUCGAUCCCAUUGAGUGCUCGAGCUCGCCGGCGCUCGGCAGGAGACCGAGGAGCUCUGGCCAGACGACAUACGACGAUCCCUUUGCGACCUCGUCGCCUGUGAGGACGGUGAGUGAGAUCGUGGCCAUGGCCGAGCCUCGUGCGGCUUCACCUCGGCAACCUGAAAUGGCUGCUGUGGCUGCGAGUUUGGGGAUGGAUGUCGAUGAUCCGUUCGCCAGCAGCCCGCCUCCUGCUGCGAAGGCGGCGCCUGCGGCUGCUCCGGCUGGUUCGUUGCAGGUGGCGUCCACGGCGAAAUCGACAUGCGCAUCGAUGGUGACGUCCAAGACCUCCAUGGCGGUCUUCAGUCUCGACGACGACCUCAGCGACCCGUUUGCCAGUUCACAGCCUGAUGCGGCCCCGCUCCGGGCAGCGACGUCUACGGCUGUGUCACUGAACAGCAAGCCCCGUUCCCCGAAAGGCAAGGCAGACUGGGACCCCAUCUCAAGCUCGGCGCCGCAGCUGCUGCACGACUCGUUCGACAGUUCGCCACCGGCUGUGCGUUCGAAAGGCAAGGAGAAGGCGCCUGCGGUCAUUGACCUCAGCGAUUCCGAGCUGUCCGUACUGGAAAGCCACAAAUGGUCAGACAGCGACAGCGAUCUCCCGGACGUCAAGGACAUGGACCUCUCCAAGUCUCGAGCGCCUCGUUCUCACACAGCGGCACGAUCGCGCACAUCAUCCGCCACGCUGAGAGUUUCGAAACGAAAAGCGUCGGUCGCCAAGAAACCCACCGAAAACAAGGCGCGAGACAAGGAGGCCAAGGCUGCCGAGCGCGAGCGCGAGAAAGAGCGCAAGAAGCGGGAAAAAGAAGCGGCGAAGGAGCAAAAGGCGCGCGACAAGGAGACGGCGGCCGCCAUGGCCGAAGUCAACAAGGUGAGGACCGACAAGAAGGUCUCAACGCCCGAGAUGAUUGUCGAUCUGCCUGCGAGCCUGCCGCCAGCGCAGCUGCUGCAGGCGCAGACGCUGCUCAGGGACCUGGACGUCGAGUUCGGCGAGUGGCAGAGCCCGGUCGAAAAGGUCGUCAAGUGGCGGCGCAAGGUCAAGAGCCGAUUCAACGACGACCUCGGUCUCUGGGAGCCGAUGCCGCUGCGCAUCCAGGACGAGUCGUACGGUAUGGCCGUCAUGACCGCCGACGAGUUCGUUGCGCUAGCUCUCGGGGCCGAAGGCGCGGAUCUGCUAGCCCAUGUGUCGAGAAUGAAGCAGCACUUUCCCAGCACGCAGCUGAUCUACCUCAUGGAAGGUCUCGGCCCCUGGAUCCGCAAGAACCGCAACGUCCGAAACGACGGAUCGUCUCGCCGUGGGCAGCAGAGACGAAGGCGGCGCCGACCAGCAGCAGCGACGGCGGCGCAAGAAGGCGCAGCCCCAGGGAGUACAUUGACGAUGACACGUCGAGGACGGCUGCUCGAGCUGCAGGUCCUGCACGGCGCCCUCAUCCACCACACGGCCGCCGCCGUCGAGACGGCCCAGUGGAUCGCCAUCUUCACGCAGCACAUCUCCACCGUGCCGUAUCGCAAGCAGCGUGAGGCUGCCAACGCGGCGGGCGCCGGCUUCUGCAUGGAGAGCGGACAGGUGCGGACGGGCGACGACACGCGGGACACGUACGCGCGGAUGCUGCAGGAGAUCGUGCGCGUCACGGCGCCCGUCUGCCUACGGCGUCGCUGA